GCGGUUUAAAAGCAGGCGGGGCCUGAGCCUCCAGGUUGCCGUCACUUCCUCUCCUGUCAUUCGCGAGGCUGGGCGCUGGAAGCACUUCGGCUGCAAGAGCGGAACAAUGCCUAAAUCAAAGGAACUUGUUUCUUCAAGCUCUUCUGGCAGUGAUUCUGAUAGCGAAGUUGACAAAAAGCUAAAGAGGAAAAAGGUUACUCCAGAGAAGCCUGUAAAGAAGCAGAAGACUGGUGAAACCUCAAGAGCUCUGUCAUCCUCUAAGCAGAGCAGCAGCAGCAGAGAUGACAACAUGUUUCAGAUUGGGAAAAUGCGGUACGUAAGUGUUCGAGACUUUAAAGGGAAAGUGCUAAUUGACAUUAGAGAAUACUGGAUGGAUCAGGAAGGUGAAAUGAAACCAGGAAGAAAAGGUAUCUCUUUAAAUCCUGAGCAGUGGAGCCAGCUGAAGGAACAGAUUUCUGACAUUGAUGAUGCAGUAAGGAAACUGUAAAAUCAGAGCCAUAUAAAGUCUGUACUGUUCUUGUUGUUUUAAUCUAUCUUUUUACAUUGGCUUUUGUUUUCUAAAUGUUUUCCAAGCUAUUGUAUAUUGGACUGCUGAACAAUUUGUAAGAGGAAUACCUUUUUUUUUAUGUGCUUUAUUAAAAAUGUCAUGAGUGAAGCUAAUUGUCAGCUUUGUUAUGGAGGAAUUGCUUUGUGCUCAUCAUCUAGUGUAAAAUAAAAUCAAGUAACACAA